AUGUCAAAAAUCUCAAAGGCUUCUUCUCUCUGUUCUCUCCUCCUCGUAUUCUUCCUCGUCAGUUCGCGACCCGCACUCUCACUCCGUGGCCCAAAACUUCAAUCAGAACCAAAAUCAGCUCAAUCCCUAAUGGAUGAAUCGUCUUCAAUGAGCAAGAUCGAGUCCGGAAGUGCAAAGUCCAUUGAAGGAUUCUUCAGUCACAUGUUUCCAUUAAAGGGCUGGCCUUUCCCAAAGUACCCACCUUUCACAAUGGUUAACCCUAAUAUUCCAACAAACCCAUCUGGAGCUCAAGAGGAAACCACUAAGUUACCUUCUUCCCCAAGCAAAGGCGACAAAGAAGGAGGAAACGCUUGA